CCUUCUCUUCCUUCCUUCCUUCGUUCCUCCCUUCCCUCUGGGACCGGGGCCAACACCGAGGCCCGCCCUAGACUCUGUGUUUUCGGGCCCCCCGAAAGGAGCUGUAAGGGAAGGAAAGAAGGGGCGAAGGAGCGGGGCCCUUGCUGCCACCGCCAUGCUCUCCCUUGGAGUAGAACCGCGCUGAGGUUGGGAAGCGGAGGCACCCGAGGAGUAGGAGCAGCGCAGAACCGAACGAUUGCCAGGAGCUGCUGCUGCCGGAGCCAAUGGCGUACACCACGAGCUCUCCGCCGUCACCGCCCAUCGGGCCCCAGUAUUGUGUCUGCAAAGUCGAACUCUCCGUCUGUGGCCAAAACCUUCUCGACCGCGAUGUGACCUCUAAAUCUGACCCUUUCUGUGUCUUAUUUAUGGAAGUCGAUGACAAAUGGACAGAGGUCGACCGGACGGAAACAGCGGUGAACAACCUCAACCCGGCUUUCUCCAAGAAGUUCAUUGUCGAGUAUCGCUUCGAGGAGGUCCAGAAGCUGAAAUUUGCCUUGUUCGACCAGGACAAGUCCAGCAUGCAGCUCUACGAACAUGACUUUCUGGGAGAGUUUUCCUGCACUUUGGGCUCGAUUGUUUCAAGCAAGAAGAUCACCAGAACCCUCCUUUUGGGGAACGGGAAACCCGCUGGAAAGGGGAUGAUCACGAUAGCAGCCCAAGAGCUGUCAGACAACAGAGUCAUCACUCUUAGCAUGGCUGGCAGAAAGCUGGAUAAAAAGGAUUUGUUUGGGAAAUCAGACCCAUUUUUAGAGUUUUAUAAACCCGGGGACGAUGGGAAAUGGAUGCUGGUUCACAGGACAGAGGUGAUUAAAUACACGUUGGACCCUGUAUGGAAGCCAUUCACUGUGCCUUUAGUAUCUCUAUGUGACGGAGACGUCGAAAAGCAGAUCAAGAUUAUCUGUUACGAUUAUGACAAUGACGGAGGCCACGACUUCAUUGGGGAUUUCCAGACCUCCGUUGCCAAGAUGUGCGAAGCCCAAGAUUCCUUUGCAGUAGAAUUUGAAUGCAUUAACCCCAAAAAGCAGAAGAAGAAGAGGAGCUACAAAAACUCAGGCAUCAUCAUCAUCAAAUCCUGCAAGAUCGCCAGAGAUUACUCCUUUCUGGACUACAUCCUCGGAGGCUGUCAGUUAAUGUUUACGGUCGGGAUUGACUUCACAGCAUCCAACGGGAACCCUCGGGACCCCACCUCUUUGCACUAUAUCAACCCCAUGGGAAGCAACGAGUACCUUUCGGCCAUUUGGGCCGUCGGGCAGAUCAUCCAAGACUACGACACAGACAAGAUGUUUCCUGCCUUGGGUUUUGGAGCCCAGUUGCCGCCGGACUGGAAGGUUUCUCAUGAAUUUGCCAUUAACUUCAACCCCACCAACCCCUUUUGCCUUGGUGUAGAAGGCAUUGUCCAAGCCUACUCCAGCUGCCUGCCGCACAUACGCUUCUACGGACCAACCAACUUCUCCCCCAUCAUAAACCACGUGGCCCGAUUCGCAGCCCAGGCCACGCAGCAGCAGUCUGCAACUCAAUACUUCAUCCUCUUGAUCAUCACGGACGGCGUCAUCAGCGACAUGGACGAGACCCGGCACGCCAUCGUCCAGGCCUCCAAGCUGCCCAUGUCCAUCAUCAUCGUAGGCGUAGGGAACGCCGACUUUGUCGCCAUGGAGUUCCUGGACGGAGACAACCGGAUGCUCAGGUCUUACACCGGAGAGGAGGCCGUGCGGGACAUCGUCCAGUUCGUGCCCUUCCGCGAAUUUCGCAGCGCCCCCAAGGAGACGCUGGCCAAAGCGGUCCUGGCGGAGCUGCCACAACAAGUGGUCCAGUACUUCAAGCAGCAGAACUUGCCGCCCAUCAACUCCGAACCAGCGUAGGGUGGGAUCCGCCGCUCUUUGCCUGCAUGUUCCCCCAAAACGUGUCAGUGCCGGGCUGCAUGCCUCAUGUGGUUUCAGACAAUUUUGUACUUUUUAAUUUAAAUGAGUUUAUUUAAAAAACCAAACAAACAAAUCCAGAUCUCCCUUGAAAAUGCAACACGAGCAGAGUCUGGAUUGGAGCUCCAAAAAAAAAAUAAAUUACUGUUUUCCUCUCCUCGGUUACUCCAAGAACCAAUUUUUAAAUAUUUGAAUGUACUUUGUAUGAUUUUCUUUUGGUGGAACCAGAGAACAUUUUCACAAUUUC